AUGGAGAACCAGCCCACUCUGGAAGCGCAGGAGAUGGACCCAAACUCAAUGGAAGAAGUGCUGCUCUGCAGAAAGAAAGACGGCGCUGUGCUUCCGCUCCACGGCGGCGGGGGGGAAGUCGGGCUGAGCCGCUUUUUUUACAGCAACAAGCGGUUUGACUCUGCAAUGAUGGCAUUCUUGGAAUGCGUUAAAGAGCUGGCUGACUUGCUUGCCGCGGCUGCGGAGGACCGGAGCAAAGAUAGAGCCAUCUGCCGCUUGUUUCCUUUCCCCGAACUUCCUUAUGAAAUCGAGGGCGACCGAGUGGGGGGAUUCAGCAUACGUUUACAGCUAAAUCAGGACGAAAGGUGGACAAAAGCCCUGAAGCUGCUCCUCAUUGACAUGAAAUGGCUUCUAGAAUACAUCGAGCGCAUUUGCUUGGUGACCGGCGCGGCACCAUAA